CAAUGCCUAUCAGGCUACGUACUUUUCUUAGUUCUGCAAGGCAUGUCAGCAAUUCAUCCGUGUUCAUUUUUCAGUUCAUUCCUUUCCAUCUCAGCCCACUUUUGGUUCACUUGUCCUAUUUUGUUAUCAUUGAUGUACUUGGUUUUGUUGCCUUGAUGGCGCUGAAGCCAAGCAACCCUAACUACAGUCCUCGCUAUGUCGACAUAUUUUUCCUUUCGACAUCUGCAGUCACAGUUACAGGAUUAGCUACCAUCAAAAUGGAGGAUCUUUCUAGCUCUCAGGUAGUGAUCCUAACUCUCUUGAUGCUGUUAGGCAGCGAGAUGUUUGUUUCCCUGAUUGGCCAUAUCCAUGAGUUGAGGAAGCAAAACAAGCAUGAUCCUGAAGACAGUAGAGUUAGAUCAGUUACCGUGCAAGAUGAGUCGCAGAUAGAAGAGGCAAUCCCGGCAACACAAUCAAUUAGUACCACUAGCCUCAAGAAGAGUUGCCUCAAAUACAUAGGAUUUGUGCUGCUGGCAUAUAUGGUCUUGAUUCUUCUUGUAGGUUCUCUAUCGGUGUUCUUGUACGUAGCACAUGUUUCAACUGCAAGAGAUGUGCUAACAAGGAAAAGUAUCAACACCAUGCUUUUCUCCAUAUCAGUCACUGUCUCUUCUUUCACCAAUGGAGGGUUGAUUCCGACGAAUGAGAGCAUGGCGGUGUUUUCCUCGAACCAAGGCCUUCUCCUGCUACUCACUGGCCAGAUUCUUGCAGGCAACACACUGCUUCCUGUGUUUCUGAGGCUGGUGAUAUGGGCACUGAGAGGACUAAGAAUAGGCAGAGCUAAACCUGAAGAGUUUAAGUUCAUGAUGAACAACACAAAGGCCGUGGGUUUCAACCACUUGCUGCCUAACCAGCAGACAGUAUUCCUUGCAGCCUCGGUCGCUGCUCUCAUAGCCGUGACCGUCACGUUUUUCUGCUGCUUGAACUGGGAUUCUCCAGUGUUUGCAGGGCUGACCGCCAACCAGAAGAUCACCAACGCCUUGUUCAUGGCGGUGAACACAAGGCAGGCAGGAGAGAAUUCUAUCGAUUGCUCCCUCGUCGCUCCUGCAGCUUUAGUACUAUUCAUCACCAUGUGGUGCAUUCCGGCCUCGACGUCAUUUAUCUCACUGCAUGAAGGCGACGAGAGGGGCAUCACAGAACACAAGGAUAGAGCAAACAAGAGAAGACUGUCACUGAAUAAAAUGCUGUUUUCACCACUAGCCUGCAGCGCGGCGCUGAUAAUGCUGGUCUGCAUCACCGAGAGGAGAUCGCUCUCCGCCGACCCUCUCAAUUUCUCCACAUUCAACAUGAUCUUCGAGGCCAUAAGCGCGCAUAGGAAUGUAGGACUGUCCAUGGGUUACAGCUGCGCGAGGCUGCCGCACGCGGAGAAGGAGAGCGGCUGCCAGGACAUGCCUUACAGCUUCUCAGGGUGGUGGAGCGACCAGGGGAAGGUGGUUCUUGUCCUGAUGAUGCUCUGCGGGAGGCUCAAAUGCUUCCACAGGCACAGGAGCUAGUCGGUUAAGCCAACACCAUCAUAUUGCCCGGGCAAUUUUUCUCCUUGUGUUCUUCAAUCCUGUUGUAAAUUCGCAAGAAAUUGGUCCUGAAUAAUGCUUCUGCAUUUCUGUAUGUGCAAUUAUAUAUCCUUAUGUACUGAA